AUGAAAGGCCAGGGGGGGAAUGGGGUGCAACCUACGCCCUUGCCGUUAGCGUGCGAACCGAUAUCCCAUCAUGUUCCCGAGGAUCUUCUGGAGAUCUAUCUGCAAACCUAUUUCGAAUUUGCCAAUGUGUGGUGUCCAGUGCUGGAGUGGGCUACACUAGAUUCUGAGCCUCAGAUUUUGGCAUCGCCGUUUUUCCACAAUGCAUUGGCUCUAUGUGCCAUCAGGCUUCGACCCCCCCUCAUCGGCCCCACGGAUCCCGAAGAACACUACAUGCGGGCCAAAAGCCUGUUCUAUGGCAACUGUGAGAGUAAUCCGUUAAUUCAGAUUAUCUCCAUCAUGCUAUUCUACUGGUGGAGCCCUGGGCGACCUGAUGUAGCGAGCUUAGACACUGGCCGCUGGUGGGUCGGCACUGCUAUUCGCCUGGCCGAAGAAAUUGGAUUGCAUCUUGAUAAGGGUCCCGCACAGACUUACAUAGGUGAAGGAUGUGGACUGAAGCGUAGAAUAUGGUGGACACUCUUUGCCAGGGACCGCAUUGUCGCCCUCGCCCAGGGCCGACCCUGCUUCAUCAAUCCUGAGUAUUGCAGUGUGCCUAUGGUGACCGUGCAUGACUUCCCCGAUCCAACAGAUUUGAAGGCCUCUAUAUUUGUACACUGGGUCAGAAUGUGGGAAAUAGUCGGAAGGAUGCACAAGGAGAUAUACAAAUCAAAAGACUUCUUUUCAUCAGAGUCUACAUAUAUCCCCGAAAUGGUCAAUUGGGUGCAAUCCCUUCCUCCUUCCGCUCAAUUGCCUUUCAGCUCUCAUCGAUCGGUCGGCUACAAUCGUGACGUGCACGACCUCCACCUUGGCUAUCUCACCACCAUCACUCUGCUGUUCCUUGAUAAGAGUGAUGAAUCUAUACCAACAGCCCAGAUCCCGGCAAUCGCGGCUGCGUCAUGUAUUGCCCGUAUUUUCAAAGACUUUCUAGCUCGUGGAUCAGUUCGCUUUCUAUUGACCCAGGCAACAUGGAGUAUUGCUUUGGCUAUCUUGGCUUUAAUUCACGCACGUCGCAUUGAAGGGCUGACACACCAUGCCGAGGAGGAUAUACUUGUCCUUCGUACAGCUCUUGUACAAUUGGUGCCAUUAUCGUAUCCUGGAAAGAUGUUCAGUCAGGGAAUUGAAAGAAUUCUUGAUCAAGCCAACACAGCGGGGGGUGCUCAGGCUGGUGCAAAGCCAGAUACCGGAGAUUUGAGUCAUGAUCGUUGGCAGCCUGUGGCAACUAGCUCUCCGAUGAUCAUUGAUGAAAAAUGGACGGAAUUCUUCCCAUAUAUGACCACUGAUACGAGCCCUUUGAUUGCCGAUCUUCUAACAUGCCAUGGAACAUUAUCGACUUUCACGGAUCCGGAUUUCCCGGUGGAUAUUCUUCCUUUCUUGAACGAGAUUUUUGUGGACUCUCACACGCUUCUGGCUCAUCAUUUCUAG